AUGCCUCCCCAAGUACCCAGGAACUUGCUGCGCGCUGCCCGCGCUCGCGCCGUUUUCCAGUCCACCAGACCCUCCCGCCCUGCUGCCGUCAGGUUUCAGAGCUCCGAGGCUGUCCGCCGGACACAGGAGAGCAACAACGUCUACAACGCCCCUCCCAGAGCUUUCUCCCAACGUAAGGAGGAGAAGUUCACCGCUGGAACCGCUUCCACAUCGCAGCGCCCGACAUCAGCAGCUCCCCUAAAGCUCAACAGCAAGAAUCUCUCACAACUCCAGAAUGUUACUGUCCCCACCUACCAGCGUGAGGGUGUCAAGCAAGGCAUCGUCCACGUCGGUGUUGGUGGUUUCCACAGGGCCCAUCUCGCAGCCUACGUUGACACUCUUCUCGAGCAAUUCAACGUCCAGGACUGGUCUAUCUGCGGUGUUGACCUUCAGCCAUUUGCUGCUCCCAUGCGCGAUGCUUUGAAGCCCCAAGACAACCUCUACACCAUCAUUGAGCGUGCUGCUGAGGGCACCACCGCCCGUGUUUGCGGUAGUAUCACCGACUACCUUUUUGCUCCUGACAGCAGCGAGGCCGUCAUCGCCAAGAUGGCUCACCCCGACACUCACAUUGUUUCAAUGACUGUUACUGAGAGCGGUUACUACAUGAACGAGAACACCCACCAGCUCCAGACCGACCACCCUGAUGUCGCCGCCGAUCUGGCCGGUGAGCAGCCGCCACGAACCGUCUUCGGUUACCUCUACGCCGCUAUGGAAAGGCGUCAUGCCGCCGGUCUACGACCAUUCACUGUUUUGUCUUGCGAUAACAUGCAGAAGAACGGUGACAUUAGCCGGAACAUGUUGGUCUCAUUCGCUCGUCACCAGAACCCAGAGAUCGCCGACUGGAUUGCCAACAACGGUGCUUUCCCCAACUCCAUGGUUGACCGCAUCACCCCCCGUACCAACGACGAGGACAAGGUCAGCCUCGCCGAGAACUUUGGUGUUGAGGACGCAUGGCCCGUUGUCACUGAGCCCUUCCACCAGUGGGUUCUCGAGGACAAGUUUGUUGACGGCCGCCCUCCGUUCGAGAAAGCCGGUGUCCAGAUCGUCCCAGACGUGCACAAGGUUGAGGAGUACGAGAUGAUCAAGCUACGUCUCCUUAACGGCAGCCACUCCGCUAUGGGAUACGCCGGCCAGCUCGCAGGAUUCACUUACAUCCACGAAGUUAUCGGGCACCCUGUCUACCGCCAAUUCGUCAUCAACAUGAUGCACCAAGAAGUCAAGCCCCUUCUCCCCCAGAUCCCCGGUGUCAGUGUCGACGACUACUGCAACACCCUUCUAGGCCGAUUCUCCAACCCUACCCUCAAGGACGAGCUUCCCCGUAUCUGCCUCGGCGGCAGUGGCAAGAUUCCUCAGUUCAUCAUGCCUAGCAUCGCUGAGCAGAUUGUCGCCAAGGGCCCUCUUCGCCGCCUCACCCUUGUGGCUGCCGCUUGGUUCCGCUACAACAGCGGUAUUGACGAUGCUGGCAAGGCCUUCAAGGUUGACGACCCCAUGGUCGAGGAGCUCCAGGCCAAGGCCGCAGAGGGCCCCCUGGCUCAGCUUGAGAUCAAGACUCUGUUCGGUAACGAUCUCCGUGACGAUGAGCGUUUCGUUUCUGAGCUCAAGGCUGCAUUGGAGGGCUUGGAGCGCGAAGGCGCUUUGGCCAUGAUUGAGAAGUACGCUUAA